AUUUCUAAUUCACGGGUUUAAGCUACACACCACUCUCUCAUUUCAGCUUUAGUCUACUUCUUAAACCCUAACCUCCGCCAUGUCUCUCCGUCACCUCCUACGCCACCGUCUCUACGCGGCGGCCACCACAACUCGAAGCCCUAUUUCGAUCACACUCAUCCAGCAACGCUUCUACAACAUCUCAUUCCAAUCCAACGAUCCUUCUCAAUCCCAGACUCCUCCCAAUCUCUCCUCUCCAGCUCCCUCUCCACAGAUCCAGAAUCAAACAGUUCCCUCACCAGCCGAGGCAGCAGAAGCCAAGCGCCGCGAACUCAGACGCAAGAAACGAAUCGAGCCUCCUCUCCACGCCCUCAGACCCCGCGGUCCACCUCCGAAGCGCGACCCAAACGCGCCGCGCCUUCCCGAAUCAACCUCCUCCCUCGUCGGCCACCGCCUCAACCUCCACAACCGAGUCCAGUCCCUGAUCAGAGCCUCCGAUCUCGACGCCGCGUCGCGCCUCGCCCGCAACUCCGUGUUCUCCACCACCCGGCCCACCGUCUUCACCUGCAACGCAAUCAUCGCCGCCAUGUACAGAUCCAAGCGCUACGCGGAAUCGAUCUCUCUCUUCGAGUAUUUCUUCGAGCGGAAUCGAAUCGUCCCCAACGUGGUCUCGUACAAUCAGAUCAUCAACGCGCACUGCGACGGAGGACACGUGGAGGAAGCUCUUGGAGUGUACCGUUACAUACUGGCCAACGCUCCUUUCGCUCCUUCGUCUGUUACUUAUAAACAUUUAACCAAAGGUUUGGUUCAAGCUGGGAGGAUCGGAGAUGCCGUUAGUUUGUUACGAGAGAUGUUGAGUAAAGGCUUAGCUGCGGAUUCGAAUGUGUACAGUAAUCUGAUAAAAGGUUACUUGCACCUUGGGGAGUUAGAUAAGGCCAAUGAGUUCUUUGAUGAGCUGAAAAGUAGGUGUACUGUUUACGAUGGGAUUGUGAACGCGACUUUUAUGGAGUACUGGUUUGAGAAAGGUGAGGAUGAGGAAGCUAUGGAGUGUUACAGGUCGUUGUUGGACAAGAAGUUUAGAAUGCAUCCGCAUACUGGGAAUGUGCUUUUGGAAGUUUUUCUCAAGUAUGGUAAAAAGGAUGAAGCUUGGGGGUUGUUUAAUGAGAUGUUGGAUAAUCACACUCCUCCUAAUAUUCUCUCUGUGAAUUCGGAGACGGUUAGUAUAAUGGUUAACGAGUGUUUCAAGAUGGAGCGGUUUGAGGAAGCCGUUGAUACGUUUAAGAAAGUUGGGAGCAAACCGACCUCGAGGCCGUUUGUGAUGGAUUAUGUAGGUUAUUGUAACAUAGUGACAAGGUUCUGUGAGCAUGGGAUGUUACCAGAGGCUGAGAGGUUGUUUGCGGAGGGUGUAAGCAAAUCGUUGCCUCCUGAUGCUCCAAGCCAUAGAGCGAUGAUUGAUGCUUAUCUCAAGGCGGAGAGAAUCGACGAUGCUCUCAAGAUGUUGAACAGGAUGGUUAAUGUGAAUUUAAGGGUGGUUGCUGAUUUCGGUACGAGGGUGUUUGGCGAGCUGAUUGAGAAUGGUAAGGUGAUUGAAUCUGCAGAGGUUUUGAGUAAGAUGGGAGAGAGGGAACCGAAACCAGAUUCUUCAAUUUACGAUGUGGUGGUUAGAGGUCUUUGUGAUGGCGGUGCACUUGACCAAGCCAAGGAUAUAAUUGGUGAGAUGGUUGGAUAUAGUGUUGGUGUUGCUCCUGUACUGAGGGAGUUUAUCAUAGAGACUUUUGAGAAAGCAGAACGUCGUGAGGAGAUUGAGAAAACCUUGAACACGGUUACUCGUCCGAUUAGAAGAAACUCUGGGCAGUCUGGUAACACUGCAGCUAGUGUACCCUCAGUGUUAGGAGCCACAUCUGCAGUUGCUCAGCAACCUAGAGAGAAGGCCCCUUGGAUGAGCCAGGGGGCAGGGUCAGGUUGGGCUAAUGGUCCAACAACAGCAGGAGGAACUUACAAGGCUAAUAACGGCCAAAAUCCGUCUUGGUCCAACACUUCGGCUAACCAACAGCAGCAACCUUGGUCUAAUCAGACGGCAGGGAAACAGCCACCAUCAUGGUCGAGUCAGGCACCAGGAUAUCAACAGCAGCAAUCUUGGUCUCAGCAACCAGUGUGGUCAAGUCCUUCAGCUCAUCAACAAUCAUGGGCUGAUCAGACAACUGACCAGCAGCAACAGCAGGCUAAUCAGACUGGUCAUCAGCAGUCAUGGUCUAACCAGACAACUGGCCAGCAGAGACAGUGGGGUUAUCAAAACUCUGGCCAUCAUCAGCAACAGUGGGCUAAUCAGACACCUGGCCAGAAGUCAGCAUGGACAGGGCAGCAGCAGCAGCCGUGGUCUAAUCAGACAGCUAGCCAUCAGCAGUCACAGUGGUCAAAUCCCACGUCAGGACAAGUAGCUAAUCAAACACCGUGGUCAAACUCUGUGAAUGGUCAUCUUCCUCAACAGCAGCAACAACAGGAGCCAGGGUCUUCCCAUGAGUGGCAAGAUGGUGAAGAAAAAAAGGUAGUUGAAUUGAGCAACUAGUUCAGACAAGUUGCCUAUUCCUUCUGUCCAUCUUCCUUUGCCUUUUGGUUUGUAGGUCGCAAUUUUUUGCAAACUCCGAUAUUUAUUUAUUUAUUAAAGAUCAACAUCAGAAUAUAAACACCUUUAUCGUU